AUGUUCUUUGCCGUCGCCCGUUUCAAGAAUUCCGUUCGAGCUGGAGUUUAUCCCGCUCCGCUGUCGAGUUGGGUUUUAACGUUUGCUGUAACCUGUGGUUUGAGUGCCGUGGGUGUGGACUUCUUCGGAUUCAUUCAUUUUCUCAUGAGCUUAUCACCAUUAAAUUUGCACUUGUUCGGAUUACCAUUGGCAUGGCUCGUGAGCUGCUCAAUCGUUGCCACACUGUGGUGGAUUUGUGUGAUUUUAUUCUUCCGUUACGGGCUGAAACUUUUGCUGAUGUACAAGGGAUGGAUUUUCGAAGUUCGUGGAACGAAAACUUCACUAACCACCAAGUUGUGGAUGAUGUGCUUGAGGCCAUUAGCGAACGUUACCAAACCAAUGCUGUACUCUUACCAACAGAGUUUACCAAGAUUGCCUCUACCUUCAUUGGAAGGGACGCUUGAGAGAUUUUUAAGAUCUGUGAAACCGUUGGAAACAGCGGAAGAAUUUGCGGAAACCACCAGGUUGGCCGAAGAAUUCAGAUUGGGUUUAGGGAAGAAACUACAGAGAUACGUUUGGCUCAAGUCAUGGUGGUCUACUAAUUAUGUUUCGAAUUGGUGGGAAGAGUACGUGUAUCUCAGAGGACGAUCGCCGUUGAUGGUGAAUUCGAAUUUCUACUGCAUCGACAUGUUGAUGGAACCUUUGACGAAUGUUCAAGCUGCCCGAGCCGCCAGUAUGAUUUACGGAGCUCUUUUGUUUCGUCGUCUUCUGGAUCGACAAGAACUUGAACCAAUCAUGAUUUACUCAAUGGUUCCGCUGUGUUCAUCACAGUACGAGCGCUUAUUCAACACGACGAGAGUCCCUGGUGUUGAAUCUGACACAAUCGUUCAUCGUGCUGAUGCUGAUCAUAUCGCCGUACUGCACAAAGGCCGCAUUUUCAAAGUUCUCGUUUACCAUCGGGGUCGGCUUCUAAAGCCGUGUGAGAUUGAAAUGCAACCGCAAAAGAUUCUGGAUAAUCCUGUUGAUCCAGCCGAUGGUGAAGCAAAGCUUCCUGCCCUGACAGCAGGAGUGAAUCGGAUUUCCCUCAACGCUGUUGAGUCGGCUGCAUUCGUGGUGACAUUGGAUGACAAAGAGUUUUACUACGACCCUAAAGACCACACGAAACUGGACAAGUACGCGCAUCAAUUGCUGACUGAGAGUGGUUGCGACAAAUGGUUUGACAAGACAUUCAAUUUAGUUGUCGCGAAGAACGCAAGAAUCGGCUUCAACGCGGAACAUUCUUGGUACAAGGAAGACGGACAUUGCGAUGGUGAGCCCGCAUUCGAUCCGCCAGAACCAGUGAAGCUGAAAUGGCAACUUCCUCCCGAAUGUAUUGGCAAUAUUGAAUUCAGUUACAAGCGUGACCCGAGCGCAGCAUCCUCGCUUGGGUAUGUUGUGCAGCAACAGCAGCGCAGGGACCCGGAAGCGGAUAGGCACCCGGUUUGCUGCAUUGCGGUAAACUGGGACUCCACCGGGAAAUUCUCAUUGACUUACGAAGCAUCCAUGACUAGGAUGUAUCGCGAAGGCAGGACUGAAACUGUCCGCAGUUGCUCAAUCGAGUCUUGUGCUUUCGUGUUGGCGAUGAAGAACCCUGAAUCCACGCCAAGCGAGCGUUACAAGUUGCUCAAGGACGCUUGUGAUCGACACCAGCUGAGCUAUCAGGCAGCGAUGGUUGGAGAAGGCGUGGACCGACACCUGUUUUGCCUUUAUGUGGUGUCCAGAUACCUGGAUGCGGAUUCUCCCUUCCUGAAACGUGUACUGAGCCAACCGUGGCGCCUGUCAACGUCGCAGACGCCCCACGGACAAACUUCGAAGCUGGACCUGCGCAAAAACCCGCACUGGAUUUCAGCGGGCGGCGGAUUCCGGCCAGUUACGGACGACGGCUACGGUGUAUCUUACAUCGUUGCCGGCGAGGACGUCAUCUUUUUCCAUAUUUCGUCUAAGCGCUCUUGCAAUCUUACUGAUUCUACUCGCUUCGCUGAUAGUGCCCAGCCACACCUGGGCUAUAUUUGGUAA